UGAAUCUUCACCAUGGCGAGCUUCACACAUCGUUGGUUUUAAUUCUAGGCGCAUACGCUUUGGAAUUUUAACCCGCAUAAUUUUUCUUUUGCAAGCCUCGACGUUUUUCUGAUUUAUCCGGACUUGCUGAAAUAUUUGAUGUGCAGUUUAGUAGAAAAGCCCACUUUAUCUUCAGACUGGUAUUUAUUUUACACGAUAAUAUAUAUUAGCUUUUCGUGAGUGCUUUAAGUUAAUGGUCUUGUUGUAACGUAAUUGUUCCACCUGACCAUGCAGAAUAUCCCGGUCAUAAUGCCACACAGCAAAGAUUAGUAUCAUAUAUCGUUGCCGUUGCCAAUCGCAUUUUUUCAAGAAAACACUUUAAGAUUAGAAAGAAAGAAAACGUGAAAGGAAGAAGGAAAAUCCCAAACAAAGUCAUGUCUUUCAGGAGGGGCGUUGUCAGGCAGAGUAAGUUCAGGCAUGUAUUUGCCCAAGCAUGCAAGGCUGAGCAUUGCCUUGAUGAUGUCAGAGUAUCACGUGUGACAUGGGAUGGUCCCCUGUGUGCUGCCAAUCUAAAGUUCAUCGCUGUCAUCAUUGAGUCUGGAGGGGGCGGUGCCUUUCUUGUGCUACCACUUACCAAGACUGGUAGAGUGGAUCAAAACAUCCCAACUGUCUGUGGUCAUGCUGCUCCAGUGCUUGAUGUGCAGUGGUGCCCACAUGAUGACCAUGUCAUUGCCAGUGCCUCAGAAGACUGUACUGUAAAGAUUUGGCAGAUUCCUGAUGGUGGUCUUAUAACGCCCAUGUCUGAAGCUAUUGUGACUCUCGAGGGUCACAGUAAAAGAGUAGGCAUCUUGGCCUGGCAUCCCUCUGCUCUCAAUAUACUGUUGACUGCAGGAUGCGAUAAUGUUCUUUGCCUUUGGGAUGUGGGCACCGGGGAUCUAGUGUAUCAGCUGAGUGAUGCCCACCCAGACCUUAUAUACAGUGUAAGCUGGAACCGUGAAGGAAAUGUCUUGUGCACCACCUGUAAAGACAAAGCCCUACGUGUCAUUGACCCCCGCCGUGGAACUGUACUCAAGGUGCGGGAAAAGGCUCAUGAGGGCACCAGGCCAAUGAGAGCUGUAUUUCUGGCUGAUGGGAAAAUUCUUACGACUGGAUUUAGUCGUAUGAGUGAGAGACAGCUCGCCCUCUGGGAUACAAGAGAUCUCUCAGAGCCAAUGGUUACUCAGGAGAUGGACACCAGUAACGGAGUUCUUCUUCCAUUCUAUGACCCAGACAUCAACAUGGUUUACUUGUGUGGCAAGGGGGAUUGUACCAUUCGUUACUUUGAGGUGACAGAUGAGUCACCAUAUGUUCAUUUCCUGAGUCUGUACAGCAGUAAGGAGCCACAGAGAGGGGCCGGUUUCCUGAGCAAACGAGGGGUAGAUGUGAACAAGUGUGAAAUAGCAAGGUUCUAUAAGCUGCAUGAGCGUAAGGUUGAGCCCAUAUCUAUGACUGUGCCUCGGAAGUCUGAUCUGUUUCAAGGGGAUCUGUACCCCGAUACAGCAGGAUUAGAACCUGCUCUGCUGGCAGAAAAUUGGAUAGCAGGACAGGAUGCUCUUCCACUGCUUGUCUCCCUCAGCGGUGGCUACACAGUCCCACCAUCCAAAUGCGGCACCCUUCGCGGGCGACCCAAACAGCUCUCUCAGACCGAUACAAGUCCUGGAAGCACUGCUGGACCGGAAAACCCAGUUAUCAUUCAGAUGGAGAGAGAGGGGUCAAGCUAUGAAUGUGGAGGGAGGGACAUAGAUGGUGGGGAAGAGAGAAUAAAAAAAGAGGAGGACCAACUUUCCGAUAUUUUAGCAGAGGUGCAGGGUCUGCGCACUCUCGUGCUGGCUCAAGGUCAAAGGAUUGAUGUACUGGAAAGACAGAUUGCCCGUAAUGAGGAUGGAGAAGCGUGAAGGAACUCCAAAUACAAAGCCUUACUUAGAUUUAAAAGCUUUACUGAAGUAGUAUGGGGCAUGUAGUUACAUAACUGUAGCAUAAUGAUACAAACAGGUGAUUUGAGCAUCAUUGGGAACACACUUUUUUUAAAAGCACUGACAUUUGAUGUUAUAAAUGCUGCUUAUCUUAUGCUUUAAUAGGGCAUUACGAGUACAUCAGGAACUGACAUGUGCUAACUACAGACUGCAGUCUGUGUUUGGUAGGUCAGAAUUUGCAUAUACAUGCAAAGUACAGAAAAGAAACCUCGAAUACACUCUUGUAACAUGCAAAUGCAAGAAUAUUUAAGUAUGCCUUUCUUUAUUAAAACUAAACAUCAGGAAAUGUAAAAUCCAACAUGCUGAAUUAAAUAGCUUUUCAGUAUAAAGUUUUAAAGUUAAAGGUGCUUAUUAAUAUAGUUUGACCAAUACUGUUUAACUUCCCUUAAUGGCUCUUUUCUUCCAUUUAUGUCUUAACAAAUGUAGCAUUCAUUUUGGAUCUUUUUUGUGGGAAUCUGUGUGUAUCAUGUGUUGGAAACUGUACUUAGUGUUUGUGAAAGUUUAGAACAAUAAAAAGUAGCUCAAUGAGCAAUAGAGGA